AAUGGCGAAAUGUAUACCAAAACGUCAAUGAUUUCAAUAAGAUACGGACUGCAACGACACUUUCAAAACACACACGAUAUAGACAUUGUAAAAGACAACAGUUUUGCUGCAGCUAACGAAAUCUUCAAAGCUAUACUGAUUAAGCUGAAAGCUAUUGGAAAAGGUAUUGUAACACACAAAACGGCAAUCCCAAAUGAAGAAAUGGACAAACUGUACACUUCGCCUGUCCUCUCGACAUCUUCCCCAGUAACUCUGCAAAAUAAAGUGUUCAUAGAUGUAAUGCUGCACUUUUGUAGCCGUGGACGAGAAAACUUAAGAGACAUGAUGAAAACAGACUUUGUAAUUAGCACAGAUGAAUAUGGCGAUCGUUUUGUCAAAAUGCAAGAGAAAAUAUCAAAAAAUCAUAGAGAAACCUUACAAGAAGAUGAGACCAGUAGAGGGGGUAGAAUGUAUGCAACAAACACAUCACUUUGCCCCGUGGCAAGCAUGGAGAAAUAUCUAUCAUCCCUUAAUCCAGACUGUCCCAAUUUUUGGCAGAGAGCAAAAGCAAUUGUCAAAGAAGACGAUAAAACCGAUAUAUGGUUUGAUAAUGCUCCUCUCGGUAAAAACAAACUGGGAGAUAAGAUGAAAUCAUUGUCUGUUGAAGCUGGACUAUCCAAGAUUUAUACCAAUCACUGCCUCAGGGCAACGAGUGUGACUACACUAGAUAGGCAAGGUUUUGAGGCCAGACAUAUAAUUGGGAUAUCUGGACAUAAGUCAGAGACUAGCCUUAAACACUAUUGUCGGGUAGAAAGUGAGAAAAAAAGAGAAAUGAGUCAUGCUAUUACAACAUUCACAUCAACAGAAAUCGAAUCUCAAUAUCCAGAUGAUGGGCCAUUUAAUUAUUCCACAACGCCAGCAACGUCGCCGAAUAUAAUUCAACCUUUAGAGCUGUCAUCAGAAAACAUAACAAAUACUGUUAACACCAAAGACUCCGUGAUGUUCUCUGAAAGACAACCAACGUCCUUCAACUUGAAGUUUACCAAGAAAACCAUUUUACUGAUUUUCGUAAGAACCAGGAGAAAAAACAUAAAAUAAUUCGACAAAUAAAUCUUGGCCCAGCAUUCGAGAUCUGGAACGAAGAAAGAGAGGCAACAAAUCUAACCCAUCCACAAUUUGCAUGCAUUCUCUUGAAAUGU